AUGGAGGACUUAGAAGCACAGCUAAAGGCUUCGGUGUACUUGACCGUGGCCAAAAUCGUCGAGAAACGGGCAAGUGAGCUAUCUGUCUCGGCGAGCCCGUCGUUUGUGGCCUCGCUAGUGGAAAUUGUGUAUAAUCAAAUGGUCACCUUGGGCACUGACUUGGAGCUUUUUGCAGAUCACGCUGGGCGCAACGUGAUCAAGCCUGCUGACAUGUACAUGGUGGUGAGGAAGAACGAGUCCUUGACCGAAGCGCUUAAGGAGUUCGAAAAGAGCAGCAAAGGUCACUAG